AUGGCUCGGCCGUCAACUCGCUCACCAACUCCCGUAGGUUCGCACAAGUACCGCCGCCACGACGAUCGGUACUCCAGCAGAGGCGACUCAUACCGUGAUCGUCGUCGCUCCCGCAGUCCUCCUAGGCGCGACCGUGAUCGCGAACGCGACUACUAUGACCCCCCGCGCAGGGACCGCUCCCGUGAACGUCGCUAUGGCGGCCGUGAUGACCGCAGCUACCGCCCACACCGCGAUCGCUCCCGUGACCGAAAGCGGUCGCGCGACCGCUCGCCGCCUCGCGAUCACCGCCGACGUGAUGAUUCGAGAGACCGUGUGAAGCGACGUCGGGACGACUCUGCCGAUUCGAGGCGCAAUGGUAGGCGCGACCCUAGCCCAGCUAGAUCCAAGGAGUCUGCUAAGCCUUCCGAUGCUCCGCCUUCGUCCACGACCGCCGACGCCCAAGCCCCCGAAGCGGAAAGCGCCGAAGCUCGCAAGCAGGCCGAACGCCUCAAGAGGACUCAGCUUUGGAAGGCAAAGAUUGAAGCACAGAAGAAAGAGCAAGAACUCAAGGGUGGGGCCCGCGAGAUACUGGAGGCUAUGGACAGGAAGAAGGUCGCAUCGCCGACAGCCGCAGCUUCUCCAGGGUCACCCGCACCGGACACCACCGCUUCAUCCCCCAAGCAACAGUAUGCCGGCAAGUUCGAUCCGAAGGCGAUCGCAAAGAAGGCGAGCGGCCCGAGCACCGCUGGUGCCAAUGCCCUUGGAGGGGACGUGGCUGUUCCUUCCACGAAGCCUCCUGCAGCGACUAUUCAGAGCCAAGCCCCCAAGCCCGGCUCCCUGCUCAAAGUCAAGGGCAAUGUUGGCGGCUUCGGGUUUGGUCCGCGCGCUACGGAUGCCGAGAAGCCAGGAGCGAAGAGAGCGCUGGAUCUGGAGGACGAAGAAUCGACGCGCAAGAAGCUUGAAAAGCUCCCCACUCCGGACCUUGAAGAUGCUGCUGCCCAAGAUGAUGGAGCUGAACAGGCCGAUGACGCUGAUGACUCUGGUGAUGACGAUGCAGGCAUGGCUGAUGGAGGCACAGAAGAAGAGCAGGCCGCCGCCGCUCGUGCUGCAGCAGAAAAGCGCGAGGAGCGCAUGCAACUUGCAAAGACGCCCGAUUCAGACGCUGUAAUGACCGACGCGCCUCAGCCCGUUCAGGGCGACGAAGAGGAAGUAGACCCGCUGGAUGCAUUCAUGUCGGGAUUGAGCACUAUGGCUACCCCCAAAAAGCCUACGAAGACCAUGUCGAAGUCCGGUCAGAAGGAGCCUAUCGCCUUGUACAGUGAUGAUGAAGACAUCAAGGAAGCCGCAGUAGACUCGGACCCUGAAGACGUUCUCGCAAUGACAGUCAAGAAGAAGGCCAAGGCGACGAUUGGCCAAGUCGAUCAUAAGAAGAUGAACUAUCAGGAUGUCAGGUUCAACUUUUACACCGAACCCUCGGAGUUGGCCGCAUUGGAUGAGGAUGCGGUCUCAAGCCUUCGCUUCGAGCUUGAUGGUAUUAAGGUCAUGGGUCGCGAUGUCCCCAAGCCUGUGUCGGCCUUCGCGCAGUGCGGACUCGGCCUCAAGACAUUGGACGUUCUGAGACAGCUCAAGUUUGACAAGCCCACUUCUAUCCAGAGUCAAGCGAUUCCUACCAUCAUGUCCGGUAGAGAUUUGGUUGCCGUUGCUAAGACCGGCUCUGGUAAAACGCUUGCAUUUCUUUUGCCCAUGUUCCGCCAUAUCAUGGACCAAGAUCCUCUCAAGCCGCUUGAUGGUCCCAUCGCCGUCAUCAUGGCUCCCACUCGUGAGCUGGCCGCUCAGAUCGCCAAGGAAGCUCGUCCGUUCGCCAAAGCAUUGAAUCUUCGCGCCGUCGUCUGCGGUGGAGGUGCGCCUAUCAAGGAGCAAAUUGCCGAGCUGAAGAAGGGAGCUGAGAUCAUCAUCGCCACACCAGGUCGCUUGAUUGAGCUUCUUGGAGCGAACAGUGGUCGCGUUACCAACCUAGCCCGCGUUACUUAUGUUGUCCUUGAUGAAGCUGACCGUAUGUUUGACUUGGGCUUCAAGCCUCAGAUCAGCAGAAUUUUGUCCAACGUGCGCCCAAAGCGCCAGACGGUGCUUUUCAGUGCCACCUUCCCGGGUGCGUUGGAGACAAUCGCCAAGGAACAACUCAACGACCCCAUUUCCGUCAUCGUUGGCGAAAGGUCCAGUGUGCCGCCUGAAGUCACUCAGCAAAUCGAGGUCGUCGAGGAGGAUGACAAAUUCAACCGCCUGCUUGGUAUUCUUGGUGACUUUUAUGACACAGAAGAUGAUGCUAGAACCCUGAUUUUCGUGAAGACCCAACAGACUGCUGAAAAGCUUCUCAACCUGCUUCUGAAGAAGUACUACAGCUGCGACUCCAUCCAUGGUGCCAAGGACCAAGUUGAUCGUGACUCGGCACUUUCCGACUUCAAGAAAGGCGCCAUCCCCAUUCUGAUUGCAACCAGUGUCGCGGCUCGUGGACUUGACGUCAAACAACUGAAGCUUGUCAUCCAGUAUGACGCGCCUGACCACUUGGAAGACUACGUCCAUCGUGCGGGUCGGACGGGACGCGCUGGAAACACGGGCACCGCAAUCACCUUCAUUACGCCGCGCCAAGCUGGACGCGCGAGGGAGAUUGCUAAAGCAUUCACUUACGCUAAGUUGCCCAUCCCCGAGAAUCUCCAAGAGAUUGCGGAUAAGGCAAAGGGUACUAGAUCGAAUGCAAGCAGGAAGGGUUUCAUGGGCAAAUCUCUUGAACACUACGAUCAGCGCCAUGAGGCUGCCAAGAAGGCCAUGAAGAGCAAGUACAAGAUGGAGGGAGAUGAUGACGAUGAGGAGGAGCAAGAGGACGCUGUGGCGCCUGUUGUUCAAGCAAGGACUCCAACGACGGCAGAGCCCGCUCAGACACCCACGGAGGCUAAGCCGGUCGCGAACGCCACGGGCUUCAACUUCAACCAACCCAUCAAGGUCUACAAGACGGAGCAGCCAGAAGCGUCUGCUUCCAAAUCCAAGUCGAACGAUCCUCUCGAGCGCGUCCGCGCAGCAGCAAGCAAGAUCGAUGGUCGGCUCACGCAACGCAACCAACUGCGUCCCGGACAGCCCAUCGACAACAAGGGACCCGAUGCGGGCGCCUACCACGCUACGCUGGAGAUCAACGACUAUCCCCAGAAGGCUCGCUGGGCUGUCACGAACCGUACCAAUGUUGCAAAGAUCCUGGAAGCUACGGGCACGUCGAUCACAACGAAGGGCAAUUUCUACUCCAAGGGCGAUACGCCCGGACCGGAUCAGCCGCCGAAGCUCUACAUUCUGGUGGAAGGCGAUACGGAGAUUGUCGUUCAGAACGCAAUGAGGGAGCUGAUGCGCUUGCUCAAGGAGGGAACCAUUGCUGCUCAGGAGACCGAGACACGUGGCGCUACUGGAAAGUACAACGUGGUUUAG